AUGUCCACCCUUUGGAUUGUGGCAUACGCCUUGCUGGCCUUUGCGGCCACCAUCGCACUGAAUGUUAUCUACCAAUUCCUGUUUCGCAUGCUGAAUAAAACUAGGCCGCCAUUGGUCUUUCACUGGGUUCCUUUUAUUGGCAGCACAAUCCACUAUGGCAUGGAUCCUUAUAACUUUUUCUUUUCCUGCCGCGAGAAGUACGGUGAUAUCUUUACGUUCAUUCUCCUGGGCCGCCCAACCACAGUCUAUCUCGGAACACAGGGCAACGAAUUCAUCCUCAAUGGCAAGCUGAAAGACGUCAAUGCAGAGGAGGUAUACAGCCCCUUAACAACUCCGGUCUUCGGGUCAGAUGUCGUCUAUGAUUGCCCGAAUUCAAAGCUCAUCGAGCAAAAAAAAUUCAUCAAAUUCGGUCUCUCCCAGGCGGCGCUCGAGGCUUAUGUACCGUUGAUCGAGAAGGAGGUUGAGGACUAUCUGGCCAUGUCGCCCAAUUUCCAUGGCACAUCGGGGACAGUGGAUAUCGCAUCAGCGAUGGCAGAGAUUACUAUCUUUACCGCAGGAAGCACCCUCCAGGGAGAAGAGGUGCGGUCAAAGCUCACAACGGAAUUUGCGGUCCUCUACCAUGAUCUGGACAAAGGCUUCACUCCGAUCAAUUUUAUGUUGCCCUGGGCUCCGCUACCGCAUAAUAAGAAGCGAGAUGCUGCGCAUGCGCGGAUGCGUGCAAUCUAUAUCGACAUCAUCAACAAGCGGAGAAAGGCUGGCGACAAUGCCUCCAGCAAGCCGGAUAUGAUUGGAAACCUCAUGCAGUGUACCUACAAGAACGGGCAACCGUUGCCUGAUAAAGAGAUUGCUCAUAUCAUGAUCACACUGCUGAUGGCUGGCCAGCACUCGUCGUCCUCGAUUGGCUCCUGGAUUAUGCUGCGCCUCGCCUCGCAGCCUGCUGUCGUCGAAGAGCUCUAUCAAGAGCAGGUCGCCAACAUCGAGUGCACGAGUCCCAAUGGUACUCUGGCCCCUCUUCAGUUUAAAGACAUUGACAAACUCCCCCUGCAUCAGAAUGUCAUCCGAGAGACCCUCCGUCUCCAUGGGUCGAUCCAUUCGCUCCUGCGCAAAGUCAAGAAUCCGCUUCCAGUUCCCGGCACGCCUUACAUCAUUCCCACGUCCCAUGUCUUACUUGCUGCCCCAGGAGUAACAGCCCUCAGUGACGAAUAUUUCCCCAACGCCAUGGCGUGGGACCCUCAUCGAUGGGAGACACAGGCCCCCGAUGAAAGCAAGGAGGAUAUCGUUGACUAUGGAUACGGCGCCAUGUCCAAGGGGACCUCCAGUCCAUAUCUCCCCUUCGGGGCUGGGCGUCAUCGUUGCAUCGGAGAGAAAUUCGCAUACCUCAACCUGACGGUCAUUGUGGCGACUCUGGUGCGCCAUUUGCGAUUUCAUAACCUAGACGGGAACAAAGGUGUGCCUGGUACCGAUUACACGUCCCUGUUCUCCGGUCCCCUCAAGCCAACACGAAUCGGCUGGGAACGUCGCGCACCCAAAUCGUCUUGA